AUGGCAGAAUUGCAUGCUUCUCUGCCCAUAACGCUGCGAUGUGGUCUAACAUUGCCGAAUCGACUCGUGAAAGCUUCCAUGUCAGAGGGAAUAUCAGCGGCCGGAUCCCUACCAGACAUGAAGAUCCGCAACAUCUAUCAGCGCUGGGCCAAGGGCGGUUGGGGCAUGGUCAUUACCGGAAAUGUUCAGGUUGACGAUAGGUAUCUUGGCACGGCCAACGACCUCGCGGUUGAUUCGCGAGCCAGCGAUGAUACGAUUGUAGCAUCGUGGUCGCGCUGGGCGAAAGUUUGUAGGCAACACGGCACACCAACCUUAGUACAGCUCAACCAUCCGGGUCGACAAUGCCCGAUAGGGGCUGGGACGCAUGGGUACCUUUCAAAGAAUGUCGCGCCGACCUCGAUUGGCCUCCAUAUGGGCGAUGGCCUGAUUCCUAAAGCUGUCUCUGCUAUCGCCUUUGGGAAGCCGCGAGAGCUGGAAAUAGCAGAGAUUCGGACAAUCACUCAGCAAUUUGCUCGUGCAGCUCGCCUCGCGUAUCGUAGCGGCUUUGCGGGCGUCGAAAUCCAUGCUGCGCAUGGUUAUCUAAUUGACGAGUUUCUCACAGAGAGGACAAAUCGACGCUCGGAUGCCUAUGGAGGCUCGACGGAGAGGAGAGCCAAGUUCCUCAUUGACAUCAUCAGCGCGGUUCGGUCGGAAGUGCCCAGCUCAUUUUGCGUCGGCGUUACGAUCAACUCUGUCGACUCCGUGUUCCCGGAAAUUCUCGUUGAUAGGGUCCGUCAGCUAGAGCUCGUUACAUCAGCCGGCGUCGAUUUCAUCGAGAUAAGUGGUGGGACGUUCGAAGAUCCGCUUAUGUUUCUCGGGCCUCCAAAACCUAGCAGCAGCGCAAAUAUGGAGCACAGCGAAGCUUAUUUUGUCGAUUUUGCGAAAGUCGUUGCAUCAAAGUUCCCAGACGUUCCACUUCUCUUGACUGGGGGAUUUCGUUGCCGCGAAAGCAUUGAGAAAGCUGUGACAAAUGGAGCCUGCUCAAUGGUAGGAAUUGCUCGCCCAGCCGCCGUGAAUCCUCUGCUCCCCAAGACUGUUAUGUUCAAUCACGAAGUGAAAGACUCUGAUGCAACGCUCUACUCACCAAAAAUCGAGGCCCCUUGGCUUAUCCGGCAAAUGGGCAUUACUGCCCUGAGUGUGCAUAUGGAUAAUGUGAGUAGCUUCUAG